AUGGCAGCACCAGACGGUCCACUAUCAUGGACUGUGAGACUUUACAACUUGAAACGAUUCAAUGGUCUUGAAGAUAUCGCCUGGGAUAGUAAUGAAUCAGCAGUUGAUAGGCAGAACUGGACACCGCAGGAAUAUGUUUCUCUCUUUUGGGAUGAUAAGUUUUUAAUGGAAAUGUGCAAAUACACGAAGAUGAAGUUUCAUAAAGAAACUGGUAAUGUUUUAAAUAUUUGUUUAAAUGACAUGAAAACAUAUUUAGGAGCAACCCUUCUGAUGUCAUGCUUAGGUUAUCCAAGAGUUCGCAUGUAUUGGCAGAAAACUACACGUGUUCCUGCUAUUGCUAACGCGAUAACUAGAAACAAGUAUUUUCAGAUUAGAAACCAUUUGAAAGUGCUUGAUGAUGCUCAAGUUACAGAUGAACAAAAACAGAAAGACAAGCUCUGGAAAGUAAGACCAAUUAUGGAUCGAGUUAGAAAGAGUUGCCUUACACUUCCUCGUAGUAAGAAUCUUGCUGUAGAUGAGCAGAUGAUACCAUUUACAGAUGUUUGUGCUGUAAAACAAUAUGUACCAGGGAAGCCAAAUCCAGAAGGACUAAAGAAUUUCGUUUUGGCAGCACCAAGUGGUUUAGUGUUAGAUUUUGAAGUCUACCAAAGAAAAAAUACAUUAUUUUCAUCUGAAAGGGCCAAGAGAUUCGGUGUUGGUGGUUCAGCUGUAAUGAGGCUGAUAGAGACAAUAUUUUACUUCUAUUUACUAAUAGAUGAUUUAAGAAAAAGAGAUAUUGCAUGUACGGGCACUAUCAUGAAAUCAAGAGUCCCAAAUGCUGUUCAUCUUACAAAUGAUAAGAUAAUGUCAAAAAUGGAAAGAGGUUCGUUUGAUAUGUCAGUUCGUCAGGAUGAUGAAAUAUGCAUCGUAAAAUGGUAUGAUAAAAAAGCUGUAUUGUUAUGCUCGUCCAAACUUGGAGUAGAACCACUAGAUAGAUGUAAACGUUGGUCAAAAAAAGAUAGAAGAUAUAUUGAAGUUCCAAGACCAGUAAUAAUAAAAGAGUACAAUGCUAAUAUGGGUGGAAUUGAUCUGAUUGAUAGAAUGAUCAGCUACUAUCGAAUUAGGACACGCACAAAGAAAUGGACGGUCAAAACAACCCUUCAUUUCUUUGAUCUCAGUGUUGUCAAUGCAUGGAUUUUAAUGAGAGAGGAUCAAAAAAUCUAAUGCAGGUGGUAAGUUCAUGCAAUUUUUAGACUCUGAAACCAUAAUUUCAGAAAAAUUGCUGAGACCAUCUCAGUUGACUGAUUCUAGUGAUGAAGAAACAGAUACUCGUAAACGUAAAACACAUGACUUGAGUAUGAAGUCCCCUUUCGAUAUUAAAAGGAAAAAAAAUCAAACAUCUUCC